AUGCGGCAGCGCUUGGGUGCUCCGGCGCAUGCCCUGGAUGCUGGAACAGCCGGCGCACCGCUGCGCACCGCCCAGGGGUGCUGGGCCCUGGUGAGGGACGCGUGUGGCAGCCCUGGUGACGGUGCCUCCCUGGACAGCGGAGCAGGGCUGGCUCCAACGGCCGCGGCGCCGUUGGCGCCGCCCCUCGUCACCCUCACCGACUCUGCCUCUGCUGGCUCUGGCAGCCCCGGGGGCACUCCCACCUCGCCACAGCACCGCCAGCAGCAGCCGCGGCAGCCGCACCAGGGGCCUGUGCUGCCGCCGCAGAAGCGGAAGCUGACGGGCAGCGGCGGUGCUGUGCCCGCCCAGCCUCCCGCAGCAGCGAGGCGCAGCAAGCGCAAGGCGCCGGGCGAGGCGCUGUGGCGCCCGCCGCGCACCCACGCACCACCCCAGCCUGCCACGUCUGUCGGGGACAGCCCGCACGGCCACGGCACGGCACACGCGCAGCAGCAGCACCACCACACAUUCGCCGGCCUGCUCACGGGGCCUGCAGCUGCCGCUGCGGGCCCUGCCACGCUGCCGCUGGAUCUCCCCGGCCUGGGAGACUUGGACGACGUGCCUGGCCUGGACGAUCUGCUGCUGGGGAUGACAGAUGAGGACCCUCUGCUGGCAGGAGACCUGUUUGCUGGGACCAUGCCAAGCCUGGCCUCGCCCUGGUCUGGCGGCGAUGCGGACCCCUUUGCGCAGCCGCCGCCGGAGCAGCAGCAGGCCCGCCAGCAGGAGCUUGCUUUCCAGCAGCAGCCGCAACAGCUGGCCCUGCCGCCGGGGCAGCCUGCCCUGAACCCGUUUGCCGGCCAGGAGCGGGUGCGCGGCGCUGCGAUGGCGGCAGCUGCCGCCCCUGCGGCGGUGAUGGUGCCGCAGCCGGGGCCCCACCUCGCUGUGGAGGCAGCGCGUGCGCUGCGCAGGGUUGGUUCUGCCAACACGGUGCGCAGCCACACCAGCCUGGACCGGCUGCCCGCAGCCGCGGGCGCGCGCAAGGCGGCCGGCGGCAGGAAGAGCGGCGGCGGCGCCUCCAGCGGCAGGAGCGUCAGGAGGGAGGCUCCGCCGGCGGCCGGCGCUCGGCAGCGUGUCGCCCCCGCCGCAGGGCCCGCCGCGGCGCUGCAGCGCCAGCAUGCGCAGCAGCAGACGCGCCGCGGGCUGGCCUCGCCAUCGGCGCUGGUGGCCUCGACGCCCUCCGCCUCCCUGGGCGAGCAUCGCGCUGCGGUGGGCCCCGUGCCCCGCGCUCAGCCCGCCGCCGCAAGGCUGCCUCUUGUGAUUCAGCAGCAGCAGGAGCGGCACCUGCAGCAGCAGCGCGUGGUGCCCAUGCCGCGGCCGGUGCCGCCGGCCGCGCAGUGGCUGUCACGGGACCCCUCCCAGGCCCGCCCCGUGCACAGAGCAGCCGCGCCUCCCAAGCCCACCCCCACGCCCCUCGACCCAGCCCAGCUGCGCCUGUCGGCGGCGGCCACCCUGGUGGCCGCCGCAGCGCCGCUGGCGCCGCCCACGCCCGGCGCCGCCCAUGCCGGCUCCGCUGACCUGCGACUGCUGCAGUGCGUGUUCGGGGAGCACUUCCCGCAGCGCUGGCGGUGGUAG